CAGAAUUGUGGAAGUGGAGUGACUGACAGGCUAUAAAAGACACGCUAGAGACGCCCCAGUUUGGGCGCCAAGAUGGGGAGACUCCACAAUAUCCUUCUUCUCCUGACGGUCGCUUUCUCCUCGGCUCUUCUCCAUCCUUUGCGGAGCCAGAUCAUUGGAGGCCAAGAAGCCAAGCCCCACUCCCGACCAUACAUCGCCGCCUUGAAAGUAGGGGGUGAUUAUGGUUGCGGUGGAUUCCUGGUGGCGCCCCAAUGGGUCAUGACUGCGGCACAUUGCAGGGACGAUAUCACGGUCGUUUUGGGGGCCCACAACCUUGAUGUCUUCGAGGAGUCCCAGCAAGUGAUCGGGGUCCAGUCAUACCACGAACACCCCGAGUACAACCCCGAGAGCAUUUCGAAUGACAUCCUCCUGCUGAAGCUGGAGUUCAAACCCGUCCUAAACAAAUACGUCCAAAUUGUGCCUUUGCCAAAGUCUGGCAGCGACCUCCCCGCCGGCACCUCCUGCAACAUCGCCGGCUGGGGCCUGAUUGACGAAGGCAGAGCCACUCCCAGGCUCUUUGAGACCGACGUCAACAUCUACAGUCGCAGGAAGUGCCGCAUGGUCUACCCCUGGCUGGACGACGGGAUGAUCUGUGCGGGGAGCCGCAAGCAGCUCCUGGACACAAGCCAGGGGGACUCCGGGGGUCCGAUGGUCUGCAAUGGUGUGGUGCAUGGGAUCGUGUCCUUCGGCUACAGUUCCCCGCCCGGGGUUUACUCUCGCAUUGCGCAUUUCCUGCCGUGGAUCCAGAAGGUCAUGGAAUCGAAUCCUUGAGAAGGUCCCGACUCCAUGUUCCGUCUCCCGCUUGUUCAGACCUAUUUCAGUGCCUCCCCGUCUCCCACUGAGCCUUCCUUUUGAUGAAAUCAUAUCGGAGUCCUAGAGUUGGAGUCCACAUCCGAUCCCUCCCGACAGAUGUCCAUCCAACCUCAUAGUCAUUAGCAAAUUUAUGGGAAAUAGGGAUAUAGAAUCAUAGUGUCCUAGAGUUGGAAUGGGUUCCAAGGGCCGUCUAGUCCAAAUCCAUUCUGUGACAUAGAAAGACACCAUCCGAUCCCUCCUGACAGAUGUCCAUCCAACUUCUGCUUCAAAACCAUCAGAGAAGGGGACUCCACCGGACCCCCAAUUCUGUCCCUUUAACAAACUCCUCGUGUUUCUGUUUCGCACCAUAUUAGAAAUAAAUGUCUUCUGCAGCAAAUAAAA